AUUUAAGACGACUAAGGGCAGAGUUGUUAUUUAAACCAAUUAUGAGGGUAAAAAUGUAACUUCAAAAUAUGAUAAAUACUCUACAUCCUUUUUUUUUUUCUUUCAGAUUAGCUCUUUUUCUUCAGAUUUUGGUUGUGUCCGAUCAAUUUACGAGUUUCCACAAAAUCAAUCAAAAGAUAGAUAUGAAGGGGCACCAUGCAAUUGAGGUUGCAAAGACAGUGAUGGAGGUAGCCGAUGUGGCAUGGUCAGCGGUGGAACACUGUCAUCACCAUAGCAACAGUCAUACUGAAACGACGAUGUUUGAUCCUUCUAAAGAAGGGGAAGAAGAAGAAUUGAAAUUGCUGAGGUCUGAAAACGAGCGGCUCAGACGGUUACUUCAACAAAAUCUUAUGCUUCUUCACAACAUGUCACAAUCUCCUUCUUCACUUCAAGAUUGUCCCCCUGAUGAGGUCAUGGGUUCAAGCCUUGGAAACAGCCUCUGGCAGAAAUGCAAGCUUCAUGAUCGUCUUGUAGCUGCUGUGGAGUCUGGAAGCUUUUUGAAACAGCUGGAAUCGCUCAAUCGAAAUUCUGUUGAUGGCAAUGACUGUCAAUUUCCUUUCAAGGAGCCAACUGGUUUUGACAAAGAUACGGCAGAACUUCUGGUAAACAUGAGUCUUGAAGAACCAAGUUGGUGGGUUUGGGUGACGGAGGAUAUGGUCCCUGGCAAUUUCGAAGAAAGAAGUGGAAUAGAUAACGAAAACUAUGUGAUUAUUAGUGAGGAAUAUGUUGUAGAUGCAGUUGCCAACUUUAUGGCGAGAUGCAUCGUAUCCAAUCCGAAAGCUCAGAAGAUGUCUCCUGAAGAACUUCAAAAGACCUUGACAAAAGCAUUAGAAGGCAUUAGUAAAGUAGAAAGAUUGUUCAACAUUUGGCAUGCAGCGCAAACAUUCUACGUCCUUUCCACUUGGGGACUUGCUUUAUUCGGGUUGUACAAGAGCCGAUCUGUUGUGACUCUUGCUGCUAAAGGCGUUCACAAGACGGGCAAAAUGGUUCUAAAGGCUCUUUGAAGAUGCUUCUGUUGUGUGUGUUGGUUGCGAAUGAAGUGUCUAAAUGUUAGAACUUCUUGUACAGUCCUGUAAAUAAAAUCAACGCUAUGAACUUAUGCUCGACUUCAGUAAGUUGGUUGUCAACGAAGUGUCUAAAUGUCGACUUCUUGUACAGUAUUGUAUUCAAAUCAACGUUAUGAACUUAUGCUCGACUUCCAUGUAUGGGAGGGAAUAUUGUAAAGUUUGCAAUUUGAAAAGAUCCUUAUUUUGUUGACAUGAA